UUUACCGAAAAUGAGAAGAAUCGUUUGAGCAGUUAAUAUCUGAUAAGGCCGUUCAUAAUUUGCGUAUAAGAUAAUCGAUAAGCUAUUACCAACCUUUGGCGCCAUUACUACGAAUCGAAGCACUGCGUCGAUGAACGAUCAACAGAACUAUCUUGUCAUUGUUUGCUACGGACAACACAUUCACAAUGUCUAGCACUAACAAGGCAUCUGUUACUGCGGGGGAAAUGUUCAACGAAGAGAAGCAAGCAAGCAGGGAUGGCAGGUUUUGGCGCUGGUUUUUGGCGGGAAUGCUGCUAAACCUGUGCGCCACGUCCAUCGCAGUGGGUUUGACGGUCGCCUACUUCAACAAAGAACUGCAGACAGUCAGGGAUCGUAUGCAACUUCAUGAAGAGCGCACGACACUGAAUGGGGACAGUUUGAAACAAGACAACAUCAAGAUCAACGACCAAUCGUGGAGGAAAACCCAAUCACGAAAACGACGAGAUCAGGAAAACACAGCGGCAACUAUGUCACCAGAUUACGGUGUUUCUUCCAUCCAAACGGGGUUUUCCGGUUGUCAGGAUGGCCGUUACGGAGGUUCGUGUUUCUGUCGGGAUGGUCGUGAUGGAAGAGAUGGUAAAGAUGGACGAGACGGGGCCCAGGGCCAACCAGGCCCGGCCGGCCCAACAGGAAUCAAGGGUGAACAAGGGGUUGCUGGUGAAGCUGGAGUACCAGGACCGCCAGGAAAAGCCGGACCGAGCGGCUUGAACGCAGACCAAGAUUCCACAAAGGGUACGUCAGGAAAUACAUACGUCCGAUGGGGGCGCAACACUUGUCCGGAUCAGCCUGGCACUGAGCUCUUGUAUUCAGGUUAUGCAGCCGGUGCCCACCAUCUACACUCUGGGGGCGCUGUUGACUUCCUAUGCCUACCUAAUAACCCAGACUGGUCACAAGACUUUAGAGAUGGAGCUAAUACCCAGGCGUCCCUCCUUUACGGAGUCGAGUACCAGCUCAACAAUUUCGAUCCAUUUUCCCACGAAAAUGCCGAGACGAUCUUUCAACACAAUGCACCGUGUGCCGUGUGUCGCCUGACGGAUCGCGGAACCCAGCUGGUGUUGCCAGCUAAGCUUGGCUGCCCCGUGGACUGGACAGAGGAGUACAGGGGCUUCCUAAUGUCCGGCAAGUACGACCACAAGCGCCAGUCCAAAGUCAUCUGCGUGGACGAGGCACCAGAAGUUGUCCCAGGCACGGAAGCCAGCCAAGAUGAAGCUCUUAUUUACAUCAUCGAGGCGCGUUGCGGCUCCCUUCCUUGUCUUCCGUAUGUUAAUGGUCGUGAAAUAACAUGUACCGUCUGUAGCAUUUAAAACGACACCGUGCAACACCCUCUUAAAUGUUCUGAGUUAUCCUAGUAUGGUUACCAGACCAAAAUUAAUAAAUGUUCACUAUUUCUGACAAAUCUUAUAAACAUGACUUAAACGAGUAGGAUCCUAGUAUGGCUACCAGACCAAAAUUAAUAAUGUUCACUAUUUCUGACAAAUCUUAUAAACAUGACUUAAACAAGUAGGAUCCUAGUAUGGCUACCAGACCAAAAUUAAUAAUGUUCACUAUUUCUGACAAAUCUUAUAAACAUGACUUAAACAAGUAGGAUCCUAGUAUGGCUACCAGACCAAAAUUAAUAAUGUUCACUAUUUCUGACAAAUCUUAUAAACAUGACUUAAACAAGUAGGAUCCUAGUAUGGCUACCAGACCAAAAUUAAUAAUGUUCACUAUUUCUGACAAAUCUUAUAAACAUGACUUAAACAAGUAGGAUCCUAGUAUGGCUACCAGACCAAAAUUAAUAAUGUUCACUAUUUCUGACAAAUCUUAUAAACAUGACUUAAACGAGUAGGAUCCUAGUGUGGCUACCAGACCAAAAUUAAUAAUGUUCACUAUUUCUGACAAAUCUUAUAAACAUGACUUAAACGAGUAGGAUCCUAGUAUGGCUACCAGACCAAAAUUAAUAAUGUUCACUAUUUCUGACAAAUCUUAUAAACAUGACUUAAACAAGUAGGAUCCUAGUAUGGCUACCAGACCAAAAUUAAUAAUGUUCACUAUUUCUGACAAAUCUUAUAAACAUGACUUAAACAAGUAGGAUCCUAGUAUGGCUACCAGACCAAAAUUAAUAAUGUUCACUAUUUCUGACAAAUCUUAUAAACAUGACUUAAACGAGUAGGAUCCUAGUGUGGCUACCAGACCAAAAUUAAUAAUGUUCACUAUUUCUGACAAAUCUUAUAAACAUGACUUAAACAAGUAGGAUCCUAGUAUGGCUACCAGACCAAAAUUAAUAAUGUUCACUAUUUCUGACAAAUCUUAUAAACAUGACUUAAACGAGUAGGAUCCUAGUAUGGCUACCAGACCAAAAUUAAUAAUGUUCACUAUUUCUGACAAAUCUUAUAAACAUGACUUAAACGAGUAGGAUCCUAGUAUGGCUACCAGACCAAAAUUAAUAAUGUUCACUUUUGCUGACAAAUCUUAUAAACAUGACUUAAAACGAGAAGGAUCCUGUUUCCGAUAUGUCCGAAUUUUACCGAUGCGUUUCGUUGACCCUCGGGUAUUUCCGGGCGUAAAAUAGUUUUAAUUAAAACCAACAAAUACCUGCCAUGCUUGUUAUAGGCCUAAGUAACACAAGAGUUAGAAAUUCGAGACUUUAUCGCGAAUCAACCCAAGCCCUUGGGAACAAACUCCCAAGUGUUCGCAAUGUUUCUUCGGCUUAUGAUAUCGAAUCUGCUUCUGGAGGUUCACUUGUUCCAGCAAAGCUAGCCAUACAGUAGUCUGGUUAGAGUUAUUUUUUUCGUUCCUUAAUUAAUUUGCGUUUUUCUGCUAUUUAUAUAGCGCCGCGUCACUCUGUCUAUAAUUAUUACAAUGUUAUAAAGUUGUCACUUUACAAUACAAACACGGAGAAACGAGGACAAAAAGGCAAUGUUGCUAAUGCAGAUCAACUGUUUUGAGAUCGAUUGUUGAUACAAAGAGGC